CCAUGGCCAUGGCCAAGCGCAGCCUCAUAUCCACCACAGGCUUCGCAAACUACGGAGGGGCAGAGCAUUUGCGGCGAAGUUCCUUCGUGACAGGAAAAUCGCUCGCGGCGUACCAGUUGCCACAGUCCCCAUUCUUUUGGAUGAACUCUCGUGGACUCAAACUGCACAUUAGAGUUAUCGUGCCGUCGAAGAUUUCUGAAACCACCGCUGUGGCGGUCAACGCUCAUGGUUUUAGCGUCCACUGGAAUCUUUCCAGAACAAUAGGCUGUCUUCAGACUUAUGCUGACGAAUCAGACUUGAUCGUGUUUGCCUAUGACCAAGAAGGGCAUGGUUACUCGGGUGGAGAGCGCGGUGUGAUCCACGAGUACACCCAUUUGGUGGACGAUCUUGUGGAGUUGGUUCAGUUGAUUUACACCGCCAAGGAGGCAUCCUCCGAGACCUACAACUUGUGCCCACCUGAGAUCCUGGCUGAUGUGCAGGGAAGAGAGCUUGCCAUUUGUGGGGACAGUUUGGGGGGUGGGAUCGCUCUGGCAGCUACCUUGCGCUUGCAAGCCUCCCCCAACCGUCCUGCGGUCCUGAUGCUGUUCGCUCCAUUCUUGCAGGCUCACGUGCCUUUCGGCGCUGGGAAGUCCUUUGUCAGUGUGGUGAAGAGCAUCCCGUCGCUCAGAAACAUGAACUUGCCGCAGAUGUUGGUGCCAGAAUUCAAAGGCGAGAUGCUGUUCACCCACGAGAUCGACGCGAAGAUUUUUGACAUGGACCGAUCGCACGGGGUUCGUUCCGCCUUGGGUUUUCCCAUGAAGUUGAAAGCUGCCACGGCGGCGUCCAUCACCACCAUGUGCGAUGCCUUGCCGAAGAUCAUGCCUCAACUGGAGAUACCUCUGAUCAUUUUUCAUGACCCUGAG